CCGCGAGAUGCUAUACGUCAUCAAUGCCUUUCCCUUCCCUCAAGUCCCCGGUGUGGUCAGCUGGAGUCACAGGGAAGAAGCGCAUGCGCACGCCAAUCGAUCCACCAAAGAUUCCCUUCGCCCAGUCGCCCCGCCCAGAUCUCCCUCACUCGCACUCCUCACCGCGCCCAAUGGCAUCCGCUGGCACCGGCGCCGGCGACGGCGCGGCGGCGCAGCCGAAGGCCGCAAUCUCUCACGUAAUCUUCGAUAUGGAUGGCCUCCUCCUCGACACGGAGGGCUUCUACACGGAGGUCCAGGAGAAGAUCCUGGCGAGGUACGGCAAGGUGUUCGACUGGUCGCUCAAGGCCAAGAUGAUGGGCAAGAAGGCGACCGAGUCCGCCCGCAUCUUCGUCGACGAGUGCGGCCUCAACGGCCUGCUCACCCCCGAGGAGUUCCUCGAGGAGCGCGAGAGCAUGCUCCAGGCGCUCUUCCCAUCCUGCACCAAGCUGCCAGGAGUACUACGUUUGGUCCAUCAUCUUCAUGCCAACGGAAUACCAAUGGCUGUUGCGACAGGAUCCCAUAAACGUCAUUUUGCACUAAAGACCCAGAACCACCAGGAAAUGUUUGCCCUGAUGCAUCAUGUUGUCAUGGGUGAUGAUCCAGAGGUGAAGGCUGGUAAACCAUCCCCUGAUAUUUUUCUUGCUGCAAUGAGGAGGUUUGAGGGUGACAUAGAACCCAGUAAGUGCUUAGUUUUUGAAGAUGCUCCUGCUGGUGUAGCUGCAGCGAAAAAUGCUGGAAUGUCUGCAGUGAUGGUCCCAGAUCCAAGGCUGGAUGUUUCAUAUCAAAAAGGAGCUGACCAAGUUCUCAGUUCAUUGUUGGACUUCAAACCUACCGAAUGGGGCUUACCGGCAUUUAGCAUUUAAAGAGUAGACAAAUUCCAUACAAAGAUUGGAAAACUCCAGUGAAGAAGAAUGUGAGAUACUUGAAUACUAACUGCGUGGAUAAUACAAAUUCCAUUAGAUGUUGCUCAAGACAAAUUUCAUAAGAUGUUGAUCAAGCAUUCUUGUCGCCUCUUAACUAUGUGGCACCAAAUUACUUUAUAUGACUUAGUUCCUUCCAAUAAGAGUGUCCCCGUCACAGCAGUACUUCCUCAUGCA